AUGACGGACCAGGAGGACACGCCGCGCGACGUGCGCCUGCUGCACCUGCUGCUCGCGUCGCAGUCGAUACACGCGUACGAGGACCAGGUCCCGCUGCAGUUGAUGGACUUCGCGCACCGCUACACGCGGGGCGUGCUGAAGGACGCCAUGAUGUACAACGAGUACGCCAACAACGGCUCCGCGCCCGCAGACCUGACCGUCGAGGACGUCCGCCUGGCGAUCGGCUCGCGCACGCAGUACCAGUUUAAGCCCACUGCGCCGAAGGAGCUGCUGCUGCAGCUUGCCCAGGAGCGCAACAAGAAGCCGCUGCCGCAGGUGAUGUCUAUGUGGGGCGUGCGGCUGCCGCCGGAGAAGUACUGCCUGACGGCCAAGGAGUGGCAGCUCGACGAGGAGCUGGCCGAGGACCCUGUGUAG